UGCCCGUCUCUUUCACAGUGAAGUGAAAGUCCAAAACUCCAAAUGCCCUUUUAAACGUUUGUCUUCUUGGCCCAAGAAUCUUGGGAUCUGUUUUUAACAGUUGUUACUUUACGGAUUACACUUCCUACCUCGUUACUUUAUUGAAAAAUAUCUGAUUAUCUUUAAGAAUACUUAAUACUGUACUGUUUGUAAGCAGCCGUAUACUGCGUAUAAAUACAGUGUACAGUCAACAGCGGGAUCUAACCAUAAGUGGGCUUGUUAGUUGUUACCGUUUGCAGUGCAUACUGCAUAGAGGGCUUCGUUAUAAGGCAAAACCAACCUUGAGAACCUGAGCAGCAACGUUUUGCUCCGUAAUAUUUAAACCGAGCGAAAUAAUCAUGGACAUCAAAAGUCCCAUUAUGGAACAGCUUCCAAAUAUUCCGCUGGCUGAUGAAGAUGCCCCUGAGAUUCCUGAAGCUGAGGAAGGAGAGGAUGGUGUCCAGGAAGAGCACGAUGCCCAAAGCGUCAUUGACGAUGGUAGCAAAAGCGUUGAUUCUUUCAGCUUCCAGAACGAUGAUGCAAGUUUGGACGAAGCGGAGGAAAAAGCACGAUUGAUUGCACAAGUACUGGAACUGCAAAACACUCUUGACGAUUUGUCACAAAAAGUGGACAGCGUGAAGGAAGAAAAUUUGAAACUGAAGUCGGAGAACCAGGUUCUGGGACAGUAUAUCGAAAAUCUAAUGAAUGCCAGCAACAUUUUCCAGUCGACUUCCCGCAACGUGAAGAAGAAGUCUCUUAAGGGUCGUCCAAAACCUGCACCAUAGUUUCGGCCACGCUCCUGCAGUGGAUGGAAUGAAGCUAGAAUGCCGCUGUUGUUACAUUUCUCCCUGGCAUGACUUCAUGGCGCAUGGACAUGAAAAUUCUUCCUUUCUGUUUUUGCAGUAUAGUACUUGCUUUUAUCCUUGAAUUCGGCUUUCUGAUUUUUGUCUAGUCAGUGUGUAGAUAUAUGCUUGGUUUGAUAUUUCGAUUUCUGCUUUAUACGUGGUCUCUUAUUAAUAUUUUACAAGGUUGUAAAGUUACUUACUUUAUACGUGCGUAUACUCGUACAGAUGUACAAUUGAACAUUUAUUGCGGCGUUUUGCGCACCUGAACAGCUGAUCCUUUCCAUUUGAAUUUGUAGCAGCGUGAACAAUUUCAUUGGUGUAGUUACGUAUUUAAAUUACUCAGUAGGUGAACGAAUGGUAAUAAAUGCUCUGGA